UCUCUCUCUCUCUAUUCCUUCCCUCUAUAAGAGAGGCCCCCCCGUAUUUAGGGCAGGGCAGUGCAGCGCAACUCAAAGCCAGCAAAAUGGCCGCUCCUCUUCAUGUUUGGGCUUUGUUCCUGACCCUUGCACUCCUGCUGCUGCUGCAACUCAUCUCCCCCGCCUUGUCCCUCAAAUGUACCUCCCAGAGCGUCUCCUCUAAGAAGAACCAGCUCUACACCAACUGCACCGAUCUACCCUCCCUUGGCGCCUACCUCCACUGGACCCACGACGCCUCCAAAUCCACGCUCUACGUCGCCUUCCUCGCUCCUCCCACCAAGGCCGACGGCUGGAUCGCCUGGGCCAUUAACCCCACCUCCACCGGCAUGGCCGGCUCCCAAGCUCUCCUCGCCUUCAAGCAACCCAACGGCUCUAUGGCCGUCAACACCUACGACAUCAGCUCCUACAGCUCCAUCGUCCUCUCCAAGCUCUCCUUCGACGUCUCCGACAUGAGCGCCGAGUACUCCGGCGGCCUGAUGAAGAUCUUCGCCACCCUGGCCCUGCCCAAGAACGCCACGUCGGUCAACCAGGUGUGGCAGGUCGGCAGUUCCGUCUCCAACGGCAUGCCCACCCGCCAUGAGUUCCAGUCCGCCAAUCUGAACGCCAAGGGACCUCUGGAUUUGGUGAAGAAGGCUGCUCCUGCUGCUGCUCCUGCACCGAGCAGCGAUGGUCCCCUUGCAUCUCCAACUCCGGCUGCGGCUCCUAGUCCAGCUACCAGCACAUCCACUGCUGGGGCACCCACCGGCCCUGAUAACGGAGGAGGUUCAAUGAUUCGAAGCGGCCAAUUGGGGGGUUUUAUUUUUGCAUUUCUUGCAAGUUUUGCGGUUUUGUUUUAAAUUAAUUUGCAUGCACGAUGAGAGAAUUAAUGUGGUGUUGGUUACAAAUUACUUGAUUAAUUAGCGAUCAUUUAGGAGGGGGACUGAGGAGGAGGUGCAGGAGGAGGAUAUAUCAUUGAACUCAGCUCAGCUGUUUGCUUCAUAGUGUACGAUAUAUAAAUAGUAUGUUACAGUAAUGAAGGGGUGGUGGAGUGUAUUUUGGCUGUC